AUGUCCAACGCCAACGUUCCAGGAGUUGAGAAGCUAACCAUGACAACGGUUCAGCACAGCUGGCUGCAGGCACCAGCAACCAAGUACCGGUUGCAUGAGGACUUGGGCAUGGACUCGAGUGUCCAUUUGGUGGCCCCGCAAACCGUCUUCGCAGUCAAGGGGUGGAACAGGUGCAUGGCUUUGAUGGGUGUAUGCUAUUGUGGCUUCACCACUCCGGCUCUGAUAGAGGCGAGGACCUUCAGCACAAUCUACGCGAACAGCGUUGAGCCUGACAUCAACCGUGUGGUGAACACGAAUCGGGGCGUGACAUGCUCAACGGUUGGGGUCAGAAGGAAGCCAAACGCGUUCAACAUCGUCUGGCAGCUGGAGCUGCUGGUGCGAAGCGGCGUGUCGCAGCAGAACGCCAUCACUUCGCUUGAGACCUACGAAAGUGCUGCCCAAGUGGCAUCCGUGUACUCUCUUGGAAAGCAAGAAAGUGCAGCGGCGUUGGCGCUCCUUCACAAAGUGCCAAAGGUGGCCAAAGAGGCGCUCACUGUCAUGGUGAGGCAAUAUGGCAUGCCUCGGUUUUUAACCCAUGAGGCCAUUGCCGUUGGCCUUCUUAGCGAUAAGCACUGCACGGCUACCGGCCCCUUGGGCAACUGGAAGCAGGAACUCACGAACAACGAGGCCCUGAUCAUGACUGUGAUCCACAGGAUGGAGAAGGACUGGCUAGCAACACCCCCAAAGCAGCGCCGACCGUGGCAUGUCAAGGACCUUGAAACUUUGUUCCAAUUGAUUGCGGGCAUUAUUGUUUGGGGGAUUGCUUCAAAAGAUCAUCAGUCCUAUCCUGCACGGGUCAUUGCAGUGCACCCAAGGAAGUGUUGCAAAGGAACUGCGGUGGAUUUAUGGCAUGCUUGGACUACUUCGUGA